GUGCGUGUGUCCCUGUCCUCACUGCUGAAACGGGCUCUUCGAGGGAUCGGCGUCACAUGACUCCGCCUGCCCCUCACCAGCGCACAGCUCACCAGUCCCUCAGUUUGCCCGUCGCCUGGGGAGGGUCUGGCGGCAUCUACUUAGACUGGGGACGCUGCGGAGUUGCGGAGUAGAGGAGAGGAGUGGGCAGGGAAUGGCUCAUCUUGACUCUGGAAGCCGAGGUCCGGCGCCAGAUCCCUGAGUGUAGACAUUUGGGGGAGGGAGGGAAGAAAGAGGGGGUGGGGGGAGCGAACUAGCGAGAGCCAGAGAGAGGCAGCGCGUAGAGCGCACCGACUGGGGUCUGCGGAGUGUCGGGCGGAGAAGAUGUAAGCGCGUGGGGUCUCGCUGGCCUCCGAACACCAUGCAGAAGGGGAUCCGACUGAACGAUGGCCACGUUGCGUCCCUGGGACUGCUGGCGCGCAAGGACGGUACGCGCAAGGGCUACCUGAGCAAGCGGAGUUCUGACAACACAAAAUGGCAAACCAAGUGGUUCGCGCUGCUGCAGAAUCUGCUCUUCUACUUCGAGAGCGACUCGAGCUCGCGGCCCUCGGGGCUCUACCUUCUAGAGGGCUGCGUCUGCGACCGCGCGCCCUCCCCGAAACCCGCGCUUUCGGCCAAGGAGCCGCUGGAGAAACAGCAUUAUUUCACAGUUAACUUCACCCAUGAGAACCAGAAAGCCUUGGAGCUGAGGACAGAAGAUGCCAAGGAUUGUGAUGAGUGGGUGGCGGCCAUCGCUCAUGCCAGCUAUAGGACCCUGGCCACAGAGCAUGAAGCGCUGAUGCAGAAGUACCUCCACCUGCUGCAGAUCGUGGAGACGGAGAAAACUGUGGCCAAGCAGCUCCGGCAGCAGAUCGAAGAUGGGGAGAUUGAGAUCGAGCGGCUGAAGGCAGAGAUCGCAUCCCUGCUCAAGGACAAUGAGCGCAUCCAGUCCACCCAGACUGUCGCCCCCAGCGAUGAAGACAGUGACAUCAAGAAAAUUAAGAAGGUGCAGAGCUUCCUUCGGGGCUGGCUGUGCCGGCGCAAGUGGAAGACCAUCAUUCAGGACUACAUCCGGUCGCCCCAUGCCGAUAGCAUGCGCAAGAGGAACCAGGUGGUGUUCAGCAUGCUGGAGGCCGAGGCCGAGUACGUGCAGCAGCUGCACAUCCUCGUCAACAACUUCCUGCGACCACUGCGCAUGGCCGCUAGCUCCAAGAAGCCGCCCAUCACACACGAUGACGUCAGCAGCAUCUUCCUGAACAGCGAAACCAUCAUGUUUUUGCACCAGAUCUUUUACCAAGGCCUGAAAGCCCGCAUCUCCAGCUGGCCCACGCUGGUCCUGGCUGACCUGUUUGACAUCCUACUGCCCAUGCUCAACAUCUACCAGGAAUUUGUCCGUAACCACCAAUACAGCCUGCAGAUCCUGGCCCACUGCAAGCAGAACCGUGACUUCGACAAGCUGCUGAAACACUAUGAGGCCAAGCCCGACUGCGAGGAGAGGACGCUGGAGACCUUCCUCACCUACCCCAUGUUCCAGAUUCCCAGAUACAUCCUGACGUUACACGAGCUCCUGGCCCAUACACCGCAUGAGCACGUUGAACGCAACAGCCUGGACUAUGCCAAGUCCAAACUGGAGGAACUGUCCAGGAUCAUGCAUGAUGAAGUAAGCGAGACAGAGAACAUCCGGAAGAACCUGGCCAUCGAGCGUAUGAUCAUCGAGGGCUGUGAGAUUCUUCUAGACACCAGCCAGACCUUUGUGAGACAAGGUUCCCUCAUCCAGGUGCCUAUGUCUGAAAAGGGUAAGAUCACCAGAGGACGCCUGGGGUCUCUGUCACUGAAAAAGGAGGGCGAGCGGCAAUGUUUCCUGUUCUCUAAACAUCUCAUUAUCUGCACCAGAGGCUCCGGCGGGAAACUUCACCUGACCAAGAACGGAGUCAUCUCUCUCAUUGACUGCACCUUGCUGGAGGAUCCAGAAAGCACUGAGGAGGAAGCCAAAGGGCCUGGCCAAGACAUAGACCACCUGGACUUUAAGAUCGGGGUGGAGCCAAAGGACUCUCCACCCUUCACAGUCAUCCUCGUGGCUUCGUCCAGACAGGAGAAGGCGGCAUGGACCAGCGACAUCAGCCAGUGUGUAGAUAAUAUCCGGUGCAAUGGACUCAUGAUGAACGCGUUUGAAGAAAAUUCCAAGGUCACUGUGCCGCAGAUGAUCAAGUCUGACGCCUCCUUAUAUUGUGACGACGUUGACAUUCGCUUCAGCAAAACCAUGAACUCCUGCAAAGUGCUGCAGAUUCGGUACGCCAGCGUGGAGCGGCUGCUCGAGAGGCUGACAGACCUGCGUUUCCUGAGCAUCGACUUCCUCAACACCUUCCUGCACUCGUACCGCGUCUUCACCACGGCCGUCGUGGUCCUGGACAAGCUCAUCACCAUCUACAAGAAGCCCAUCAGCGCCAUCCCUGCCAGGUCCCUAGAGCUCUUGUUCGCCAGCGGCCAGAACAACAAACUUCUGUAUGGUGACCCCCCCAAGUCCCCACGAGCCACCCGCAAGUUCUCCUCGCCACCACCCCUGUCCAUCACCAAGACGUCGUCUCCAAGCCGCCGGCGGAAGCUCUCCCUGAACAUCCCCAUCAUCACAGGUGGCAAGGCGCUGGACCUGGCUGCUCUCAGCUGCAAUGCCAAUGGCUAUACCAGCAUGUACUCAGCCAUGUCGCCCUUCAGCAAGGCCACACUGGACACCAGCAAGCUCUACGUGUCCAGCAGCUUCGCCAACAAGAUUCCAGAUGAAGGCGAUACAACUACUGAGAAAAGCGAAGACCCAUCAGCUCUGAGCAAGCAAAGCUCCGAGGUCUCCAUGAGGGAAGAGUCAGAUAUUGAUCAAAACCAGAGUGAUGAUGGUGAUACUGAGGCGUCACCAACGAAAUCCCCAACGACACCAAAAUCUGUCAAAAGCAAAAAUUCCUCAGAGUUCCCGCUCUUUUCCUAUAAUAAUGGAGUUGUCAUGACUUCCUGUCGAGAACUGGACAGUAACCGAAGCGCCCUAUCUGCCACUUCCGCCUUUGCCAUAGCAACAGCAGGAGCCAAUGAGGGCACCCCAAACAAAGAGAAGUACCGGAGGAUGUCCUUAGCGAGUGCAGGGUUUCCCCCGGACCAGAGGAACGGAGACAAGGAGUUUGUGAUCCGCAGAGCGGCCACCAACCGCGUCUUGAAUGUGCUCCGCCACUGGGUCUCCAAGCACUCACAGGACUUUGAAACCAACGCUGAGCUCAAGUGCAAGGUGAUCAGCUUCCUAGAGGAGGUCAUGCAUGACCCGGAGCUGCUAACGCAGGAGCGGAAAGCUGCAGCCAACAUCAUCAGGACUCUGACCCAGGAGGACCCAGGCGACAACCAGAUCACGCUGGAGGAGGUCACACAGACGGCUGAAGGUCUGAAAGCCGAGCCCUUUGAAAACCACUCAGCCCUGGAGAUUGCAGAGCAGCUGACCUUGCUGGACCACCUUGUCUUCAAGAAGAUUCCCUAUGAGGAGUUCUUCGGACAAGGAUGGAUGAAAUUAGAAAAGAACGAAAGAACCCCUUACAUCAUGAAAACCACUAAACAUUUCAACGAUAUCAGUAACCUGAUUGCUUCAGAAAUCAUUCGUCAUGAGGACGUCAAUGCAAGGGUGAGCGCCAUUGAGAAGUGGGUGGCUGUAGCCGACAUAUGCCGCUGCUUACAUAACUACAAUGCUGUUCUGGAGAUCACCUCAUCCAUGAACAGGAGCGCCAUCUUUCGGCUCAAAAAGACAUGGCUCAAAGUCUCUAAGCAGACAAAAGCUUUGAUUGAUAAGCUCCAAAAGCUUGUGUCGUCAGAGGGCAGAUUUAAGAAUCUGAGAGAAGCUCUGAAAAAUUGUGACCCUCCCUGUGUCCCUUACCUGGGGAUGUACCUUACCGACCUGGCCUUCAUCGAAGAAGGGACACCCAACUACACAGAGGACGGCCUGGUCAACUUCUCCAAGAUGAGAAUGAUAUCCCAUAUUAUACGAGAGAUUCGCCAGUUUCAACAAACUGCCUACAAAAUAGAACACCAAGCAAAGGUAACCCAAUAUUUAUUGGACCAAUCAUUUGUAAUGGACGAAGAAAGCCUUUACGAGUCUUCACUCCGAAUAGAACCAAAACUUCCAACCUGAAGCUGCCCGGCUCGGACCCAGCCGCCCCCUUCCCUGUGUACACUUGCUAUAUGAUAUUGUACAUAUUUGUUUGGUUUCUCUGGAUUUUCUUCUCAGUAUGUGCUUCUCCAAGAAUACAAAUCCUUUCUUGUUCUUAGAUUCCUGUAGACCCGGAAUAUGACUUUCUGCAUCAUUUAAGACUCUGCCCCAAUACCCACCCUGUCGCCCUCAAUUCCUGUCUCUUUUAAACAAGUGUACUCUUGGUCUGUCCUUCCUCGAUCCCUCACUCUUCUCAGAAUGGAAAACAGAACCCGUGCAUACACGAAUCUUAAGCACCAACCCUGCUUCCAUCCUUCCCCAGCCCAGGCCCCUGGGUUGAGUUGGCCACCCAGGCAUCCUCCCAGCAUGUUCCAUGUAGUUGUUAUAACUGGGUGGGGAGGGGGGUGGGAGGGAGGGGGGAUACCAUACCCUGAAGUCCAGUCAUUGACAAAUCUUUCCGCUGAUGGUGAUGUCAAUUUCCAAAGCAGCUUGUUCAGCCAAAAUCGCAGGUCUCAGAACUCCCCGUCUUCCAGUCACUUGGAUGAAACGGAGUCCUCUCUGCUGAGAACCACGUCACUCCACACCAAUGCCGCAAUCUCGUUCAGGCACUAACGUCGCUCCUCGCUCUAGGAUAACAUCCGAUAGCAUGAAUGGCCGCUGCCUCAAUCAAAACUGGACGGAGCCCUGGAACUUCCAGAGGGAAACAGAGUCACAACACAAAGUCACGUUGACUUGAACCGCUGCCCCAGCAUCCACUGGAAGUCGGGAAUACAAAAAAAAAAAAAAAAAAAAGUCACUGUUAACUCUUUCACCGCCUAACGGUCACUACAAGCUUACGUUGAGAUGCUCUGAGCCUGUAUACCUUGUG